AUGGCGCCGCCGCCGCCACUUCCACGUCUUCUCGCCGGGCUCGCGCUCGGCGUCCUCCUCGUCGCCGUUGCGGCGGACGACGAAGGGCGCCGGCGUCUGCCGCGCUGCUCUCGCGUGUUCAGCUUCGGGGACUCGCUGACCGACACCGGCAACGCGGCCAUCCUCCCGGCCACCGCCGGCGGGCCCUUCACGCGGCCGCCCUACGGGAUGACCUACUUCCGCCGCCCCACCGGCCGCGCCUCCGACGGCCGCCUCGUCGUCGACUUCCUCGCGGAGGCGCUGGGGUUGCCGGAGCCGACGCCGUACCUCGCCGGCAAGGCGGCGGCGGACUUCCGGCGCGGGGCGAACUUCGCGGUGGGCGGCGCGACGGCGCUCGACCCGGCGUUCCUGAGGGGCAGAGGGGUCACGUCGUUCGUGCCGGUGUCGCUCGCCAGUAACGAGACGAGGUGGUUCCACGAUGUCUUGCGGCAGCUCGCCGCUGCAGCCGACGACGAGCACGCGCAGCGCACGAUCGCGGCAAGCUCGCUCUUCUACUUCGGCGAGAUCGGAUUCAACGACUACUCCUUCGCCCUCUCCGCCGGCAACGGCACCGUCGACGCGGCGGCGAGCUUGGUGCCCGACAUCAUCGGCGUCAUCCGUUCAUCCGUCGCCGACGUGAUCGCCGCCGGAGCAAGGGCGGUGGUGGUCGCCGGGAUGAUACCGAUCGGCUGCGAGCCGGAGAUGCUCGCGCUCUUCCCGCCGCCGAGCGGCGGCGGAGCCACCGCCGCGGGCGGCUACUACGACCCGGCGUCCGGCUGCAUCGCGCGGUUCAACGACCUCGCCGAGCUGCACAACCGCGAGCUGCAGCGGGCGCUCCGCGAGCUCCGGCGAGCCCACCCCGGCGCCGCCGUCGUCCGCUACGCCGACCUGUACGGCCCCGUCUCCGCAGCCGUCGCCUCCCCCAGAAAAUACGGGUUCGGAAGAAGGUCGUCGGCGUUGGCGGCGUGCUGCGGCGGCGGCGGCGAGCCGUACAACUUCAACGCCAACUUCACGGGGUUCUGCGGCACGGCGGGGUCGACGGUGUGCGCGGGCGGGCCGUCGGCGUCCAUCUCGUGGGACGGCAUCCACUACACGGAGGCCACCAACAGACUCGUCGCCCAUGCCAUCCUAACAAGUACCACCGUAAGAGACCCAAAAUCUUAAAAAAAAAAGAGAAAAGAAAAGAAACUCGUCAACAAUAUAUGCGACACAAAAAAAAAAGCAAUGUAGACUCGGCUUACUUUGUUGUUUCGUAGCAGUGAUUUGCUACGGUCUAAGUAAAAAAAUAUCUCAAAGACACCAAAUUAUUUUUUACCAUUGGAUCUAGCUGAAUAG